AUGCAAACAUCAUCCAAUCCCGAAUCAUUGCCAUCAUCAUCACAGUCCACCUUCACUUCAUUUCCCAUUCCCGAUCAUGCCAAAAUAAACUUUGCUGGAUGGCUUACUGAAAAUCAGAGCCAAUUAACUCCUCCCGUUUCUAACAAAAUGCUCUUUGAUAAGGGCCAAUUCAAAGUGAUGGUGGUUGGAGGACCAAAUCAAAGAACGGAUUAUCAUUACAAUACUACUGAAGAGUUCUUCUAUCAAAUGAAGGGAGACAUGAUUUUGAAAGUGGUGUUGAAUGGCAAUGAAUUUAAAGACAUUCCUAUCAAGGAAGGAGAAAUGUUUGUCUUGCCUGGUGGAAUUCCUCACAGUCCUCAAAGAUUUGAAAACACAGUUGGAUUAGUUAUUGAGAUGGAGCGUCCAAAAGAUAGUCUUGAUGCUUUAAGAUGGUAUUGUGAAAAUUGUCAUGCCAUUGUGUAUGAGGAAACAUUUUAUUGCUAUGAUUUGGGGAAACAGUUGGUUCCUGUUAUUGAGAAAUAUAACGGAAGUGAACAAGUUCGUACAUUGGCUAAUACUGAUCUCUUCAAAGGAGAAAAACAUACGGAACUUUAUGCGCAAUAUCGGCCUGAUUAUCCACAAGAACUCUUCGAUUCUAUUCUGAAAGAGGAGUCUGUUGGAAAAUCAAAUGAUAGAAAAUUGUUCAUUCUCGAUGUUGGAUGUGGUUCAGGACAAGCCGCACUGAAUGAUGUUUUAAGAAAGAAUGCACAAUUGAUCAUUGGCAUUGAUCCGAGUGAAGGUCAAAUCAAACAAGCCAAACAAAAACAGUCUUCCAGUCAAGCAGCUGACAUUUAUCGAUUCUUGGUUGGCAAUGAUGAAAAUCUGAUUGAAACCAUUGAGAAGGAAAACAGUGUCGAUCCACUUCUACUCAAUCAGAACAUAGAGUCCUUUCAAAAUCAAUUUGAUUUAAUUAUUGUAGCUCAGUCACUCCAUUGGUUUAACUUUCCUGUAUUCUUUCAGCAAGUCGAAAAAUUAUUAAAAUCUGAUGGUUUGUUUGCUGCAUGGACCUACACUUUGAAUACCUUUGAAGGAGAGAAUGGCGAGCAAGCAACAAAGGUAUUAAAUCAAUUCUAUCAAGAAAUAAUGUGGAAUGGAGGAUAUUGGCCAGAGAGAAGAAAGCAUGUGGAUGACAUGUAUCAAACCAUUGAAAAGGAAAUGCCAUUCAAACAACAUCACAAAAGAACAGUGAUUGAUUAUCGAAAGCAAAUGCCCUUAAUUGCAUACAUUUCUUAUGUUAGCACUUGGUCAGCCAUUGAGCUCUACGGAAAGAAGAAUGGACAAGAGGCCAAGAUGAAGCUUCUCGAAAAUUUCAAAUUGGACUUGAUGAAGGCAUUCCAAAUAGAAUCUGAAAAUUCGACCAUUUCAAUACUUUGGAAAAUUCAUACCAUCAUGACAAGAAAGCCUUGA